AUGCUCAUAAAGGCCCAGUCUUUCUCGACAAAGUCGAAAGCUGGAUAUAAAAUUACCCAGCAUCAGACAAAAAUAUAUUACAUUACUAAACACACUAGUAUUGCGGUUCCACAGGUCUGGAGCAGGAUCACUAGUUCAGAAGAUUUUUGCUGGGCCACACCUCCUCAAAAAUCUAUGAAGUAUCGGUCAUCUCCUCCGAGCUCUCCAGUCUUAGAACCUAAAGAAGAUCUCCAACACAAGGAAAUAGCUCUCAUUGGCAAGGAUUUAGAUAAUAUAGAUGUUAAAGAAAAAUUCCUUGUUGGAUUAUCACCUGAUAAUGAAAAGCAUGUAGAAGA